UAUGUCAAAAAAUGUCAAAAUUCGCUUUCGUUGUACUUCAAAAGGUCCAAAUCUCUUGUAUCGAUUCUCAACGUUUUAGUUCGAGUGUUUUGGUGGCGUCGUUGUCGCAGAGACGCCCGUCGUCGGCCCUCAAACCGGCGCUAGAUCGACAGUAGACCUGUUGUCGUCUUUGUAUAAACACCCGAUAGACAUAUGGCCUAAGAAAUACGACGCUGGCGUACAAAAACAGCUCAGAUUUUCACUUAGAAAAAACAAGUGUUGCCAACAUGACCUCUGAAGACAAUGGAAAUGUGGGUCUUUUGAAGCCAACUUCGAGCAGUAACGAAGAUUUGAGCGAAUAUACGGACGCAGAUGAGAGUAUUUCAGCGCCUACCGAGUUUUUAGCAGAGUUUCUAUCGGCCGUAAUGUUGAAAGAUUACGUAACGGCAUUAAAAUACUGCAAACUGAUCCUGCAAUACGAACCCAACAAUGCGACAGCGAAAGAAUUCUACCCUCUGAUCCUGGAAAAGCUCCAACAAACUUUCACAACUUCCAAGACAGAGGAGGAAAAUAGCAGUAGCGAAGGCGAUGAAGCAGAUGAACAAAGUGAAGAAAAUUCGUCGAGUAGUUCAGAUUCGGAAAGCAGUAGUGAAGAGAGUGAAGAACAAGAAGAUGAAGAAGAAGAUGAUGAAGUUAAACAAUCGAAAGGUUCAUCGGAUGGUGAUGCCACAACUGGAAGUUAUUCGAGUCUUGAAGACGACGAAGCCGAAACGGAUCAGUUGGCAGCACUGGCUGCCAAGUAUCAGAUCGAUAAUGUUAAUCUCGGCAAUGGCAAUAAGAUAUAUGAGUCAAACACCCUUAUUGUACCCCCUGGCAACAACCCUCUGCCCUUUGGAACGAGUUCCGACUCAGAAUCGCCCACUGAACCCGUCAGUCAACAAACCGUUCAAAUGCUACGUGCCAGAGUUGUGCCAAACAAAUAAAAACCAACUCAUCUCUAAUUUCAUGUACUCAUCUCUAAUCCUAAUAUUUUAGGGACAAUACCGACGAGUAUUAUUCAAAAAAAUUUAAAAAAAAAUCGUAGAUUCUUUAGCAAAAAAAAAAUGUCUCAAUGUUUCUUAGCAGAGUUGGCGACGAGAAAGGAAUGUCAGUGAUAUAUUUUUGUAUUUUUUGUAUGUAGUUAGAGCCUGAUAUAACUGACCAAGUAAUUAAACAAAAAAGAUAGUUAAAAGAGUGAUGUUUUUCCGAGAUAUUGAUUACACCCGACAUAUCUCUAUCCUUGUUCUAGAGCCUUAAACGACAUAUAUUCGUCCUUUUUUAAUUCGAUCAAUGUGUAAAAAAAUUACGUUUGAUUCUAACUUGGAAUGGUGAGGCCUUGUACACUCUCUGUCAUAAAUAAUAGUUUAAAUAAAGCAUAUCAUUAGUA